AUGACCUCCUCGCAGUCCUACGCUGAAGAAUGCCGGGCGUCCGAAAACGCAGAAGGAUCGUCUCGGGAUGGCGACCGCAUGACCGAUGAAGUGUUUAUUCGACUACUAUUUGGCUGCGGCUCAGAUCGCGGGGGUAGGUUGAAUCAUGGUACUAGAUAUGGGGUUAACCCGGUUCCAUUUCGACAACCUCCGCCCACGCCUGCAGAAGUCGAGGCUCGAAAGGCAAAACACAAGAUGGAGACUAUGAAGAUGCAACGGCAAAUGCUUAAGCAUUCGGAAGGCCGAAAAUACAUUCCUGUUGAUGCGCGAGGGGAGCCCAUUUGGAACGAAGCGAAGAAUGGCGAGUUUUGUGUUCUGGUCGUGAAGACUGAGAAGGGACGUGGCUUGCAGGAGCUUGGCCCAGCUUAA